AUGGCCAGAUCGUCGGUCGGCAAGGCCACCAGACGCACCAAAGACCGUCAGAGAAAGAUCAAAUCGUUUGGAAACCCGCUCAUCGCCGCCAACUGGGACCCAAAGCUGUCUAUGGCCCAGAAUUAUGCCAAACUCGGGCUCAAAGUCCGACUUUCGCAGCAAACGGGUGGAACAGAAAAGGAACUGGUUAUUCCCAAGACAGAGAGCGACGACGAGUUUGUGGUGGACGAGAGCGAGUCGGAAGAAAGCGAGUCGGGGGUGCCAGACUCGCUUGAUCCAGCAGACAUCCCAAAGGGAAUAGCCAAGAUUGUGCGUGACGAGGACGGCAACGUCGUCAAGGUGAUACACGGGACCAAGGAACCAGAGCAACAGCAGGAAGACAACAAGCCUACAGAGUUUGUCAAACAGCUCGAGGAGCUCGCACAGCAUAAAACAGUUAAGGAACGCAAACAGAGCGCAAGAGAGCAAGACUGGCUUCGGGACUUGUACGAGAAGUACGGCGACAACUACGAGAAGAUGAAAUGGGAUAAGAAAUUGAACCCAUUCCAGCACAGCCCGGGUGAAUUGAAGAAGAGACUGACCAAAUGGAAGAAGACCCAUCUUUGA